UCGCGAGCUCUAGCGACUCCUUAUUCUCUCUCCUCGUUUUUCUUUCCUACGUGGUAGUCUUGUGGAGAGCAAAUCAGCCCGUUGCAGCCGCCCUAAAGGUUCUCCUUGCGCCAAGCAAUUUUGUGCUUCGAAUGACUCAAAAUUGUUUUGAAGGUAUUUGGAUGGUUUUUUCUCUUUUGUAUCUAUGGCGUCAACAGAGAAGCCUUUGGCUUCACCCAAACUCCCGAGUGGCCCCAUGGAGCCAAAAAUGCCGCCGCCGCCACGCGCCCUGCCGCUGCCGCAUUUCACCCUCCCGCCUCUCGCCGGCGAGGACCACCUAUUCGUGGCAGCGCUCCGCUCCCACAUCUCUUCCUCGCCGACCCCCGCCGCCGCCUCGCUCUCCCGCUUCCUCCCGGGCCUCACCCCGCUCCGCCUCACCCACCUCCUCCUCCUCCUCGGCCCGUUGCUUGCCAAGGGGAUCCCGCACGGCCUCCUCGCCGCGCUCCUCCCUUUGCCUCCUCCGCCGCUCCCGCUCGCCGUCCUGCUCCACUCCCUCCCGCCGCGCCGCUGCGCCGAGCUCCUGGCCUCAAUUCUCCCCUCCGUCUCGCCGCAUGCCUUCCCGGACCUCCUACACCACGUCCUCCUAACCGCUCGCCUCGCCAGCGCAACACAGAGCGCCCCCGCAGUGCCGACCCUCGACGUCCUCUUUUCCUCAUGCGCGCGGGACAAGAAGCUCUCCCGAGCCACGCUCGCCUACCGCGCCAUGCGCUCGCACGGCCUGCUACCGACCGUUGUCUCCUGCAACGUCUUCAUCUCGGCCGCGCUGCGGCUGCGGCGCCCCGAGAUCGCCGUCUCUUUCUUCCGGGAGAUGCGCCGGUGCCGGAUGUCGCCCAACGUGUACACGGCCAACAUGGUGAUGCGCGCACACUGUGCCCUGGGGCGUGUUGCGGAGGCGGCCCAGGUGCUCGAUGAAAUGUCAGACUGGGGGGUUUCUAGAACACCAGCCAGUUUCAACACGCUAAUUGCCACGUACUGCAGGGAUGAUGGUGGAAUGGAGCUCGCCUUGAGGCUGAAGAAGAGGAUGGAGCAGGAGGGGCUCAUGCCGAAUGAGGUGACAUAUAACGCGAUCAUGCACGGACUGUGCAAGAAGGGAAACAUGCACCGGGCAAACCAGUUGGUGGGUGAAAUGAGGGCAAAUGGGGUGGAGCCAAACACGGUCACGUUCAACACGUUGAUUCAUGGAUAUGUGAGGCUCGGUGAUAAUGAGUCGGCAUCAAGGGUUCAUGAGGAGAUGGUGAAGGCUGGUGUGGCGGUCGAUAUGGUGACAUAUAAUGCACUCAUUCUUGGGCUAUGCAAUGAAGGAAAGGUGAAGAAGGCCGGGCAUUUGGUUCAGGAGCUUUGCAGGACAAAGCUUGAGCCGAAUGCGUCAACUUUCAUGUCACUGAUUGUUGGGCAGUGGAAGAGGCAGAACUCUGAACGAGCACUGGAUCUACUGAAUGCAAUGAAAAAAGGUGGCUUCCAUCCGAAUUAUGAUGCAUAUAAGAUGGUUGUAUCCACUUUCUGCAAGAACAAGGAUUUUGAAGGAGCACUUGAUGUCUUGAAGGAUAUGCUUGCAAGGUGCAUGGCUCCAGGAAUGGAUUUGUUGCAUGAAUUCUUUGAAGGCCUCUCCGAAGCUAAAAAACUGCACCUGGUGGAGGACCUCCGUUCAGGGGCCAUUGGUGCAAAGUUUAUUCCUGAUGUCUACUAUACUGGUGAUUAUAGGAAUAAAGAUAAAGAGAACAAAUGUUAACAUGCAUUCUGGACUACUAAGUCUCAUGAAUAUCAAAAAUGUGUUGGUCAAGUGGGCUAAGAUGGUUUAAAGAAGUCAAGAAUUCCAAUCUUUCUAUUUAUGCUGAUGUGAAACUUGUUUAGGUGUGUGUUUCGGAAUUUUUUUUCCGCAUAUUUCCACUUAUUGGUUCAGCCAUCCUUGCAGCACCUAGUUUGUGUAGAUCAACAAAAUGCAAAUUCUGUUGAAGGACAACCUACCUAAUUUUUGGAAGCAGUGUAAUCAUGGGAACCUGUUGUACUGCAUGCCACACUGAGGGUGUCUAUGAAAACAAAAACUUUCAUAACAAGAGGGUGCAUACAUUUGAAGCGGACACCUGUACUAACAUAGCAUGGAUACCUGCAAUGUUUUGUCAAAUGAGAAACUGGAAAAAACAUCUUUUUUUUUCAACUGUAUAGUUUGGUAUAUCCAAGGUAUUAUAGAUAAUGAAUUUACUGAUUUUGUACAAAUUUUCAAUCUUGCAUUAGCACUCCAGAAAAUUGUUACUGCCAUUGUGCUAGAUAUGUGUUCUUUCUGGUUUCUCUGCAAGUUUAUAUUAAUAUAUUGUUUCCUGACUACUUGAGGAAGCUUUAAUUUUGAAUACCCAAGUGGAAAGGAGCUUGCCUAAAUAGAUAGGAUGCAACAGGUCUUCGAUACGCAAGUGGCGACACCUAAGGUUUAUAGCCAUCCACUUUGAGAUGUGCAGGCCAGAUUUUAUUUUGAUUUGUAUCAACCCUAAUAUUUUAUCGAUGUGGUAUUGGGAACUUCAAUACCAAAAUGCUAAUGGGGACUUCAACACCCAAAUUUUCAUUUUGCACAAGGUAACAGUAACCCCAAUAUAAACUAACUGGUCUUUGUGAAUGCUGCACAUAUUUGUUGAAUUCUGGUAAUGCAGCUAGUGCCAACAGCAGCUUGGUGAUCACAAUUUAAGCAAUUUCAUACCAUUGUUCACUAUAUAAGCAGAUGUUACUAGAAUUGUGUAUUGCUGAAUGACCCCUUGAGCUUGGUUGCAUUACGAUGUUACUCGAAUUGUGUAUUGCUGCCCCUGAGCUUGGCUGCAUUACGACUAAGUGCCCAAACUUGUUGUCCAGUAAUGACUGGUAUCAUGCCUGGCUCAUUAUACAAUAGACUCUUCGCCAGUAAUUCCUUGCAUCUUGUUUUUAUCAUCAAAUGGCCUGAAUGGGCUAACAGUGGUAAAACAGGAUGGCUGUGUUUUGAAUCAUUUAACAAUUUUGUGGAAUUUUGUAUUUUUUCUGUUUUUUGAGGACAUGUGUCUAUAGCAUUACAUAUAUGUGUAUAACAGGCACCUAUGGAUCUGUAGGAUGAUAAUUGAUAAAUCCUCAUGCACUACCUUGUCUCUGGUUCAGUCAAACUUAUGAUUUCACAGCUUUUCUGUUAAACCACAUGGCAUCAAGGGUGUGCUAAUUAUUUUUAACUAUUCCGUUUACCGAUGCAAAAUCCCGAGUUGACAUGUUUUGCGCAUAUGAAGGUUUCGCUUGCUAUACUCCUAACACACAACUCCAACCUUCAGGGUGUGACGUGUGAUUGAUGGAGAAAUGUUCGAUGUUCUAUCUACCGCUGCUGGGAGCCUGGGACCUUCAGGUAAAGAAGGCAGAUCAUAGAAGACGAAGACUCAUUCUAGAUCAACAUUAUGCAGGUUCAUAAACCCGUGGAUGGCGUGGGAAAUGGAUCGAUUAGUGCAAAGAUGAUGGCAUGCACUUCAAGAGCUGCUCUCGGUGCCAAUAAUCUUGCAGCAUUUUGGAAUGUCACGAAAAGUGUUUAAGUUGACUUGUCAGUUGUCACUCUCAUUCUGGAAUCUUGGGGACCCAAAACUCACCCAGCCUCAUCUUCGUGGACGUGUGCUAUGGGACUAGAAUGUUACCCGAAGCAGACGUUGCCUGCAAAACAAUGAUUAUGCCGACUUGACACACUCA